AUGAUUACAAAGUUUGAUGUUUUCACCUAAGUUGGAUUAUGUUACUUUGAUUUACAAAAAAGGAUAUAUAUAAUACUGUAAAUUAUGUAAUAUAAAAUUAGAAUCUUAAAUAGAUACACACAAUCUGUCAUCCAAUGCAUCAAAAGAUUUACAAAGUGUAACUAAUAAUCCAAUAGAUCAGACCAUUAUGUCCUUUCUACGAGGCUCUGCAAAUUAUGUUUGGUGCACAACCAGUGUAUUAGGCAAAGGUGCAACUGGUGCAGUGUUUCAAGGAGUUAAUAAAAACAAUGGAGAGCCCGUUGCAGUAAAAACUUUUAAUCAACUAAGCCAUAUGCGUCCACAUGAUGUACAGAUGAGAGAAUUUGAAGUAUUAAAAAAAGUUAAACAUGAAAAUAUUGUCAAAUUGUUAGCCAUAGAAGAAGAGCAAGAUGGACGUGGAAAAGUAAUUGUAAUGGAACUUUGUACAGGAGGCAGCCUUUUUAAUAUUUUAGAUGAUCCAGAAAAUACUUAUGGUCUUGCUGAAAAUGAGUUUCUAUUAGUCUUAGAACACUUAUCUGCUGGAAUGAAACAUUUACGUGAUAAUAAUUUAGUACAUCGCGAUUUAAAACCAGGUAACAUUAUGAAAUUUAUUGCUGAUGAUGGUAGUACAAUUUAUAAACUUACUGAUUUUGGAGCUGCACGGGAAUUGCAAGAGGAUCAACAAUUUGUUUCUCUUUAUGGUACUGAGGAAUAUCUACAUCCAGACAUGUAUGAAAGAGCAGUUUUACGAAAACCUGUUGGCAAAACUUUUGGAGCAACUGUUGACCUUUGGUCCAUAGGAGUAACUCUGUAUCAUGUUGCUACAGGAAAUCUACCAUUUAGGCCAUUUGGUGGACGUAGAAAUAAAGAGACAAUGUUUUACAUAACAACAAAAAAAUCUUCUGGAGUUAUAUCUGGUAUGCAAACUUCAGAAAAUGGUCCUAUAGAAUGGAGUAGAGAAUUACCUCAAAAUUGUCAAUUAAGUGAUGGUUUAAAGAAAAUAGUAACUCCUCUAUUAGCUGGCUUAUUGGAAGUUGAUCCACAGAGAAUAUGGAGUUUUGAUAGAUUUUUCACAGAAGUUACAGAUACUCUGUGUAGAAAACCCAUUCAUAUAUUUAAUGUACAUAGAGCUAGCUUAAUAAAAGUUUUUCUACAUCCUGAAGAAAAAUUUGUAGCACUUCAGGCUUAUAUUCAAGAUCAAACAGAAAUUCCACCACAUGCUCAGAUACUUUUAUUUGGGGAAAUGCCCCUUACUAAUAUUAUUGAGGAAUAUACACCUGGAAAAGGUUAUCCAAACAUGGAUGCUGAUAAACCUGUUAUGUUAUUUUCUAAAGAAAACAAUAAUGUUAUUUUACCAAUAGAGAGUGAAUUACCUAAAUUUCCAGUCUUUGCAAAUCUAGUUUCUGUAGAAAAUGAUGCUAGUCAAGCAAAAGUAGCAUGUUCAGUUGGACAUGUUUGUAAACGCAGAAUUGAUAAAUUAUCAUUGUGUAGUAAAUUAAUGCAAAAUGCAAUAGAAGCUUUCAGUGGACUUUUAGCUACUGAACUUACAAAAGUAUUAGGCAAGUGCCAACAUUUGAAAGAGUUUACAAAAGCAACAGAAGUCACUUCAAUAGCCAUAGAAAGAAGUGAAAACUUCACAAGACAAGUACUUAAAAAAUAUGCUAAUCAAAUCAGUUUUGAGCCUAAAAAUUGGAAAAAGGAAUUAGAUUUAAAGAGUAAAGAAUUAUUAACUGAACUAGCACCUGCAGUUGCACAACUUCACCAAAGGUAUAUACAAGGAGGUAGUUUACGUGGAGAAUGGGAAAACAGUACACGUGGGCUAUGGUGCCCAUGGAGUGCAAAAGCAAGUCAACGUGCUGCUACAUUGGUUGAUCGUUUAAGGGAUGGCUGGCAGCACUUGCUAAGAGAUAGAGCUACACGUAGUCUUACUUAUAAUGAUGAACAAUUUCAUGUUUUAGAACGUAUAAAGGUAAUGGAAACAGGUCGUAGAAUAAAAUUACUUCUUGAAACAGAGUGUAUACCAGCAAUGACUCAACGAUCUGAAUGUGUUGCUGAUUGGUAUAAAAUGGCACAGACUGUAUUUCUACAAGCUCAAAUUUUAGACAAAGAUGUAGGUAAUUAUGAACUCACUCUGGAGUCUUAUUCUUAUAGACUUUCUCAAGAAAGCAAAGAACGACAUGAUAGUCUUUUACAUUUGUUGGAUGAACUUCCUGGGAUAUUUAAAACAAAUGAAAAAGCAAAUACACCUGCUGAAGAAAGUACAAAAAAAUGGAAAAAAAUUUGUGAUAUGCAAGAACAAAUAACCGUAAUUCUCUAUGAUAAUGGACGUUUAAUAGAUCAACUUGAUCAUUUAUCGACGAUGGAUACAUUAGAAGAUGCAGAGGACUCUGAAUAUGAACUUUAAAACUAUGAUAUUUUAGAAAUGAUACUUUAGAAACUAUGUACAAUUAUUUUUACCUCUAAACUUUUUUGUGAUUAUUUCAUAAAAAUUAAUUUUAAGAUUAUUUCUUAAACUAUAAAUUAUUUCUUUUAUAAAUAUUAGAAAUAUUUAAUAUGUAAAGUAUUUAA